AUGGCGGAAAUGGUUUCCUUUUCAGUAAGUAAGUGGGUGAUUUCUCGUCUGACAUUUUGGGACGUGUCAAUUGCGUUGUUGGGGCUAUUCAUUUUCAGUUGUUUGCAUGAGAGCCUUACAAGAAAGGGUCCGAUGAUGUGGCCAGUGUUUGGAAUAAUACCAUCAAUUGUCUUCCACUUGAGUGACGCAUAUAAUUGGGGCACCAGAGUUUUGAUAAAAGCUGGGGGAACAUUUCAUUACAGGGGAAUGUGGAUGGGAGGUGCGUAUGGGAUCGUCACAACUGACCCUUCCAACAUUGAAUAUAUGCUCAAGACAAAUUUCCAGAAUUUCCCUAAAGGGAAUCACUACAGAGAGAGAUUUCGCGACCUGCUGGGGGAUGGGAUUUUCAACGCCGAUAAUGAAUCAUGGAUGGAGAAAAGGCAACUUGCAAAGCAUGAGAUGCAUUCCAGUCGUUUUAUGGAGCACUCCUUUAAAACCAUGCAAGAUUUAGUGCACAAAAAGCUAUUGAUUUUAUUGCAAAAGCUGAGUAUUUCAGGGCAGUGUUUUGAUCUACAAGAAGUGCUUCUUCGGCUUACAUUCGAUAACAUUUGCACAGUAGCUCUUGGCGUUAAUCCUGGGUGUUUGGCCCUUGAUUUGCCCGAUGUUCCCUUUGCGAAAGCUUUCGAAGAGGCCACCGAACUCACCUUAUUAAGAUUCUUGAUGCCACCUUUUGUAUGGAAGCCGUUGAAGUUCUUCGGACUUGGAAAUGAGAGACGGCUCAAGGAAGCAAUAAAAGUUGUCCACGAUUUUGCAGAUAAGAAAGUGAGAGAUCGAAGGAACAUACUUGGAAACUUAAGCAAUCAAUCUGAUUUCUUGUCGAGGCUUAUUGAGAGUGAAAAUAAACAAGGCCAAAACAGGCAUUUUCCAGGUAAUUUCUUGAGAGAUUUCUGCGUAAGUUUCAUCUUAGCAGGUCGAGACACAACUUCGGUUGCAUUAGCCUGGUUUUUCUGGCUUAUACACAAAAAUCCACAAGUGGAAAACAAAAUCCUGGCCGAAAUCUACGAAAUUUUAUGCCAUCCCCAGUGUAGAACACAAGAUGAUCACAUCACAGUUUUCACAGAAGAUGGAUUGAAAAAGAUGGUUUAUCUCCAAGCAGCAUUAUCUGAAUCCCUACGGCUCUACCCAUCAGUGCCGAUUGAAAUGAAACAAGUUCUAGAAGACGAUGUGCUCCCUGAUGGAACAAGGGUAAAAAAGGGUGCUCGAGUCUUCAACUUCCUAUUCUCAAUGGCUCGUAUGGAAUCCAUAUGGGGCAAAGAUUGCUUGGAGUUCAAGCCUGAGAGGUGGAUCAAAGAUGGGAAGUUCGUGAGUGCAAACCAAUUCAAAUACCCCGUUUUUAAUGCCGGUCCGAGGCUAUGUCUGGGGAAGAAUUUUUCUUACACUCAGAUGAAAAUGGUGGCUGCUUCAGUACUAUUAAGGUAUUCGGUUAAGGUUGUUGAAGGUCACAGUGUUGUACCAAAGCUGACCACCACACUCUACAUGAAAAGUGGUUUAGUGGUGACGCUAAAGCCUAGGUUGGUAAACAAUGCUUAGUGCUGCCUAUAUUAUAAAACUUGGAGUGAAAAUAUAACGCAGAAUAAUUGAGAUGAAUGUGAGGAAUAUGCAGAUUUGAUUUGUUUCUCGUAUUUAUUUUUACCUUUUGUGUGCUUGGUUGAA